UAAAAAAAAAAAAGAUUGGCGUUUCAGGAGAAUCGAACUGGGAUCUAGAGCUCUCCAAAACAGACAGAAAUCACUACGCCGUAGAUGCUUUUGUUGAAGCUGUAUUUUUUCUUUAAAGAAGAGCAUCCAUCUAUCUCCCCUCAUCUUCUCGAUCGUUGGAACCCUAGUUUCUGUGAGCGUAAACCCUAGGGACUACGAUUCUACGAUUCACUGAAUUUUUUCGAGAUUUCAAGCUUAGCUUCUUCUAAGGACUGAGAGAGUGUGUUGAAUCAUAAACAGGCUCAUGGAUAUAUAUUUCGAUGACAAAUCCUCGGAUCUUGCUGCAACUGCUGCUAGGGCUGGUGCAAAGUUUAAGCCAAAUCCUAGACAACGGUUGAGGAAGCAAGCCUCUGUUUCUACAUCCCGAACACUCUCUACCGAUGCCAGUGAUACGCCUGCAUUUCUUGAUGAUCCCAUAACACAAGCUACAGAAAUGUUGCUACCAGAGGAAGAAGAAGAACUUGUAGACAUGGAAACUUUUAACAUUGUACAGGAGGGCAGCAAUGCAAAUGGCCAACAUACUGAAAAGCUCAAACCAAAGCGGAAACUCCACGGCAAUGUGAUUGAAGAACAGAAUCACGGUGUGAACAAAGAAGCAUGUGAGCCUCAUCACUCUACUGAAGAGAUUGUUGAUUUAUCAACAGGCCCUAGUGAUACUGUGAAUGGGGAUGAGCCAAGAGAUGAAGCUAUCAUUAUGAAUGCUAACUCUUAUGCAGAUUUACAUGAAGAAAUAUUUCCCCAAGUUUCUCAAAAAACGGUUCCUGAGAUGGCUGCCAGAAAUUCUUCUCGUGGAUUGGAACACGAGGACCGGGUUGAAUCUGCUAGUAGCAACACAGUUGCAGGAGAAAAUGGUUGUAUUGCAGAAGAACAAUCUGGAAGAGAAAGAAAUGUGCGCAAGUCAAGGAGAGCUGAAGCAGAGAAAAGUAGAGCUGCUCAAAAGCGGAAGAAAACCAGUGACGAACCAAAUCAAUGUAGCCAAGAACCUCAGAAGAAGAAGUUCAAGCAUUCUACUCCUCGACAGAAGAGAACAUGAAUUACUUGAAAUCCCUGAUGAUGAAAUCCGAUUCUUGCCUAUUAAAGACUUGCUCCGGCUUGUUGAUUAUAAAGAAUGGUUAGAGAAAAAGGAAGCAAAAAGAAGAGAAGGAUCUCAGACCCAAGAAAGUGUUUCAUGCAGUACUAGCAAAGCAUCUGAUAACAAGUGUAGAACCGGUGAAACAGAGACUUGUGUAGCACACAAUAGAAUUGCAAAAACCUUUUGCCUUUUA